AUGACAACUAGAAUUGUUACGGAUAAAACAGCAGAAAAGAAAAAGGUUGCAGACCCCGAGAGACGGCUGCUGGUCCAAGCACCAUGGCCGCGGAGCGGACCUGGCCGCUAUGAGGCUCUGGUGGCCGGAGCGCGCCUAGUUGGUGUGAGCCCGGCGCGAGGUCCCGGGCCCCGAGACGCUGGCUCAGGUAAAUUUUUCCAUAACCUUACGGAGAGAAAGGACUUUGAGACAUGGCUUGAUAACAUUUCUGUUACAUUUCUUUCUCUGACGGACUUGCAGAAAAAUGGAACUCUGGAUCACCUGAUUAGUCUGAGUGGGGCAGUCCAGCUCAGGCAUCUCUCCAAUAACCUGGAACCUCUCCUCAAGCGGGACUUGCUCAAACUCCUUCACCUGGAGCUCAGUUUGUUAAAAUGGCUCGAUCCCCAGACUUUACUCACAUGCUGCCUUGUCUCUAAACAGUGGAAUAAGGUGAUAAGUGCCUGUAUGGAGGUGUGGCAGACUACAUGUAAAAAUCUGGGCUGGCAGAUAGAUGAUUCUGCUCAGGACGCUUUGCACUGGAAGAAGGUUUAUUUGAAGGCUAUUUUGAGAAUGAAGCAACUGGAGGACCAUGAAACCUUUGAGACCUCAUCAUUAAUUGGACACAGUGCCAGAGUGUAUGCACUUACUACAAAGAUGGACUUCUCUGUACAGGUGGUUUUGCAGAAGUGCAAAGUCAAGUCUCUUUUGCACAGCCCUGGAGACUACAUACUUUUAAGUGUGGACAAAUAUGAGAUCAAGAUUUGGCCGAUUGGGAGAGAAAUUAACUGCAAAUGCUUGAAGACAUUGUCUGUCUCUGAGGAAAGGAGUAUCUGCCUGCAGCCAAGACUUCAUUUUGAUGGCAAAUACAUUGUCUGUAGUUCCGCACUGGGUCUCUACCAGUGGGACUUUGCCAGUUACGAUAUUCUCAGGGUCAUCAAGACUCCUGAGAUAGCAAACUUGGCCUUGCUUGGCUUUGGAGAUAUCUUUGCUCUGCUGUUUGACAACCGCUACCUGUAUAUCAUGGACUUGAGGACAGAGAGCCUGAUUAGCCGCUGGCCUCUGCCAGAGUACAGGAAAUCAAAGAGAGGCUCAAGCUUCCUGGCGGGCGAAGCAUCCUGGCUCAAUGGACUGGAUGGGCACAAUGACAUGGGCUUGGUCUUUGCCACCAGCAUGCCUGACCACAGUAUUCACCUGGUGUUGUGGAAGGAACAUGGCUGAUGCCACGAGCUUACCAUGGCUGACUGACUUUGGGUGCCCGGGCUGCGGGUUUUCAGUGCAACCUCUGUGGCACCCAACUAUACGAACCAAAGUUCUCACCUAAUGGUAUCAUUGUGCAGUGCACCAUCAUUUAUCCAUGUUUGCCAGGGGGCCAGGGCUUGGGGCGGGGGAGGGCUUGUUUUAUUGACAUACAGCGCAGCAUGCUAGUGGGGGUAUGCCACUGACUUCAUUUGUACUUAGUUAUGUUGGUCAGUAUAAGAGGAUGCAUUUUGGGUUCAUCUUUCUUGACUAUUGGUUUUAAGUAAAGAAAGUUAAAUGGCUCAUUAAUCUGCUAAUUGGUUGCCUAUAAAAACACAUUCAGUCUAUUAAAUUAAAGCUUUUUACUAU